AUUUAAACAACAAAUGAUGGCGUCCACAGUGGGAACCGUGAACGAGAAUGAAACAAUAUUGAUUUGCAUAUCAAAACUAAGGAAACUGAUUGAAGGUUUGGAAAUACUGGAAAAUGUUAAUCUAGAGGACAAGUAUAUUUUAAGAUUUUUAUACAGUACGUCUUUUAAUAUUGACGAAGCCUUCAACCGAUUCAAAGGAUAUCAUGAAAAUGUUAGAAGAUAUCCUCAAUUAUACCCUUUAACGGGCCCACUAGAUCGAAGACCAAUCAUAGAACGGAACAUCAGUACAUUAUUACCAGAUUGUGAUAGAAGUGAGAGACCUAUAUUUAUAUUUAAACCACGUAAUACUAAUUACAGCCAAAUGAAAUUCACUGAGCAGGCAGCGUUAGACGACAAUUUAUUCGAAUAUGUACUUGUCCAUAACCCAGAAAUAGCAGAAAAAGGAAUAUGUUAUAUUUUAGAUGCAAAAGAUCAUUCAUAUGGAUUUAUGAGAUGGUUGUCUGUAGCCAAUAUGAAUAUGGGAUUAAAUAAACUGAAUUAUUUACCAUUCAAAGAUUUUGUAUGUCAUGUUGUAAAUCAAACUAACCUCUUGAAAAUUUCUAUUAAGGUUUUUUGGCCAUUAAUUCCAGAAUCAAGCAAAAAAAAUCUAAGAUUUCACGCAGAUUGGGCAUCUUUACAUGAACAUAUAGACCCAGAAGUUUUACCAAAGGAAUAUGGUGGAACAAAAGAAAUUGAUUACGAGACUAUACACAAGAGCUACUAUGAUAUGCACGAUGACAUUCUGAGAAGUUACAGAAAUAUUCGACAAAGAAAAAAAAGUUUAGAGAAAUCAAAAUAGUUAUAGGCUCGUGCUCAAGAUAAUACAAAAAACUAUUUAAAAAUAUAUUUUAGUUAGAGAAGUUGUUUAAAAAAAAAUAAAUUUUGUAAGAGUCGGUACCGAUUAAACAUCAG